UUGAGUGGAUGAUUUUGACCACCAUCAUUGCCAACUGCAUCGUACUGGCUCUUGAACAACACUUACCAGAUGGAGACAAAACUCCACUGUCAGAACGACUGGAUGACACAGAGCCCUAUUUCAUUGCAAUUUUCUGUUUUGAGUCGGGCAUUAAGAUUCUUGCACUAGGAUUUGCCUUCCACAAGGGCUCCUACCUGAGAAACGGCUGGAAUGUGAUGGACUUUGUAGUGGUGCUCACAGGUAUCCUGUCCUCUAUUGGGUCAGAAUUAGACCUGCGGACAUUGCGAGCAGUCAGAGUGUUGCGGCCGCUAAAAUUGGUGUCAGGAAUUCCAAGCCUGCAGGUGGUGCUAAAGUCUAUUAUGAAGGCUAUGAUUCCACUGCUGCAAAUCGGAGUGCUCUUAUUUGUGGCCAUCCUUAUGUUUGCCAUCAUUGGCCUGGAGUUCUACAUGGGCAAAUUCCACCGCACCUGUUUCGACAAUGUCACAGGUGAGAUGUUUGAUGAACAGCCCUGUGGUGAGGAAUUUCCCGCUCGAGAGUGUGAGAAAGGGUCGGUGUGUGCUGAAUACUGGCUUGGGCCAAACUAUGGCAUCACACAGUUCGACAACGUCCUUUUUGCCGUGCUCACUGUUUUCCAGUGCAUCACCAUGGAGGGUUGGACUGACAUGCUUUAUUAUAGCAAUGAUGCCUUAGGGAGUGCCUGGAACUGGAUGUACUAUGUUCCCCUCAUCAUCAUUGGAUCCUUCUUCAUGCUAAAUCUGGUGUUGGGUGUCCUCUCGGGUGAGUUUGCCAAAGAAAGAGAGCGUGUGGAGAACAGGAGUGAGUUCCUCAAGCUCAAACGUCAGCAGCAGAUUGAGAGAGAGCUCAACGGAUAUCUGGAGUGGAUCUGCAAAGCAGAGGAAGUCAUACUCGCCGAGGACGAUGAUGGCACCGGAUCUCGUCGUAGGCCCACCAUAAAGAAAAACAAAGCUGACCUGUUAAAUCCAGAAGAGGGAGAGGACCACAUGGGAGACGCAGUUGGCUCGCCUUUUGCUCGUGGGAGCAUAAAGAGCGGAAAGGGCGAUGGGACCGGAUUUAGCAAGAAAGAGCGACGUCUUCGCUUCAUCAUUCGAAAGAUUGUAAAGACUCAGGCGUUCUACUGGACUGUCCUCAGCCUGGUGGGACUCAACACACUGUGCGUGGCUGUAGUACACUACGAUCAGCCCGAGCUACUGUCGGACUUCCUCUAUUAUGCUGAGUUCAUUUUCCUAGGCCUCUUUAUGUCAGAGAUGCUACGUCAGCAGCAGAUUGAGAGAGAGCUCAACGGAUAUCUGGAGUGGAUCUGCAAAGCAGAGGAAGUCAUACUCGCCGAGGACGAUGAUGGCACCGGUAACAGUAUAAAUGUUCCUGUUUGGUGCUGA